AAUAAAGAAGAAGUGGUUCACGCUCUUACUUACUACUAUCUAUGUUCACGCUUCAGCGUGUAGUCGAAUGUGUUAGUGCCUUUCUUUUACUGUCUAUGGUUAGUGCAUGUGGGAGUUAGAUUUGUGUAAUAAGAAAUAAACGAUAAAUUUGCUCUAAAACCUUUCGGGUCGGUUUCAGUGGAAGAAAGAUGUCGGUGUUUAUGGAUUUAAACAUCAUCAGCAGUAAUGACAAGAACAGACUCAAAAGCAUCAUAGAGACAGCAGCUCAUCUUGGCUACUCAACAGUCGCAAUAAACUAUGUGGUUGAACCACAACAGAAGAAAACGGAAAUUCCUAAACCACAGAGUGUGUCCGACAUAUUUGAUAAAUUCCCAAUAAUACAGGGGAAAUCAUCACCCAUCAAAGUACUGAACCGAUUGACCAUUGUGGCUUCUGAUGCAUCUCAUUUUAGACUAACCAGUGAAUACAAAAACUUUGAUCUUGUGGCAGUGUACCCCAAAACAGAAAAACUCUUUCAUGCAGCCUGCAUGACUUUUGAUGUCGACAUUAUCUGCAUUGCAGCGACUGAAAAACAGCCUUUCCAUUUUAAAAGGGCUCCGGUUAAUGGGGCUAUUGACAGGGGGGUUUUCUUUGAGAUCUGUUAUGCAGCAGCCAUCAGAGACAACAUUAUGAGAAGAUACACCAUUUCCAAUGCCUUUGUCCUCAUUGAAAUCUGCAAAGGAAAAAAUAUCAUACUGUCCAGUGGAGCAGAAAGGUCUCUAGAGUUGAGAGGCCCAUAUGACAUUGCCAAUUUGGGGCUUGUGUUCAGCCUGUCUGAUGGAGAUGCCAAAGCUGCCGUUUCUACUAACUGUCGAUCUGUCCUGCUGCAUGGAGAGACGAGAGCUACUGCAUUUGGUGUUGUUCACAUUAUGAAGAAACCACAAACUCCUGAGAAGCAAGAAGAGGAAACUCCAGCACCUAAAAAGGCCAAAAUUGAACUAGUGUAGGGAGUAUCAGUAUUCUAGCUGGAGUUUAAGUAUUCAUGUAUAAUAAGUAUAGCAUUUUAAAAUUCUGUUUAUUUUUUCCCUGUUCCUUAAAGUCUUCAUAAUCUUCUUAAAAAUUGAAUACAGUCAUGAAAAAAUGACAUUUAUUUCAUCAACCUUUGGAAGAAUUGCAAGCAAAAUGGUUCAUGUCUUACUAAAUACUUUCAGAAAAAGUCAAUCAAGAUCAAAACUUGGCAUGAAUCUUAAUCUAAGCAACAGGGCUUAUUCAGGCAGUGCAUUUCCAUUUGAGUUUCCAUUUCUGUUUCUCAUUCCUUUUUGCCUUUCCUAUACUUCAAUAAAAAGUUACCGUGCUUCACUUUCA